AUGAAGGAAAAUCCCAUUGCUGUGCUGUUCUUAUUUUCCAAGAAAGGCUACUUCUAUGCCAUUUUUGUGCCAAUUAUUCUCUCCUUCGUGCCGUUAAAUGUUCACACGGUCUUUUCUCUCUGCGCUGAACUUGUGCGUUGUUAUUUUACGAUCUUAUCUUUUGUAGACGUUCUUCCGGGGAAGCGCGAUUCUCCACUACGAGCGACCAUCGACAAAAUGCGACGCAUCAAAAUGAUGUUAAAACGAAAACUACAAGAUCUGACUGUAUGUUGCUCUUACCAGGUCGAUUUUCUACAUCAAAAAGCACACUCAGCCAAGGAAUUCCGACGGCAGUACAAUGUUCUGGAAGAAAUUGGUCGUGGCGGUUUUGGUAUAGUCUAUCGAGCUGUCCGAAUAGCUGAUAAUUUUCCAGUGGCAGUGAAAUUUGUAGAACACAAACAUGUUAGAGAGUGGACUAUGACAUGCAAUCAAUUGAUACCAUCUGAAGUGUGCCAUCUGGAAACAUGCAAAGACGUUCCAGGUGUUAUCCGGUUAAUAGAUUGGUUUGCAAACUCAAAAGGAUUUCUAAUCGUUAUGGAGCGACCGGAAAAUUGCAUGGAUAUAUUCGAUUUGAUAUCCACCUAUGGCAGACUCGAUGAAGAUACUGCACGGGCGCUCUUUAUCCAAGUUGUAGACUCAGUGUGCACAAUGUACGUUAAGCAUGGGCUUAUCCAUCGAGAUAUCAAGGAUGAAAACGUGAUUGUAAACAUGACGACUGGCGAGGUGAAGCUUGUGGAUUUUGGUGCUACAGCAUCCGCUGAAAAAGCCAUGAAAAAGGAGUUUCAAGGAACUCGAUCCUACUGUCCACCAGAGUGGUUCCGACAACUACAGUAUCUCCCGUUAGAAGCCACUAGCUGGUCAUUAGGCGUUCUGCUCUACAUACUCGUAACGGGACAGCUUCCCUUCCGAAAUGAAAUUCAGAUCUGUCUUGGACGGGUGAAAUUUCCAUCGUAUGUGUCCAAAGAAUGCUGCCAACUGAUCAAGUCAUGUCUUACCACCGCUGCUGGAUCGCGGGCGUCAUUAACGGCGAUACGGCAGCAUCCAUGGCUGAAUAAGAAAAUACCUAUCCACACAGAAACUUUUGAAGCCGUUCUAGACAAGACCUUGGGGAGGUCGCAGGCCCAAGAACGGUCGCCACGGACUCCAGCUGAAGAAGCCAAAGGAGCUGUAGAAGAGGAGCGCCAGAUUAACGAUGUGAUUCUCUUGGAAGCGGAUGUUGCUCGAAAGCCCACUGUAAUUUCACGAGAUGAGGAGAGUACUUACACGAUGAUGACUGCUAAUGAUGAUAUAGCCCCGUUAGUACCUCGUAGGAGGUUACACUCCAAGUAUGAUAACAUCUCGUCCUCCUCCUUAGCUGACUAUAUGUCAACCAUGAGCGUGAAUCCUGAAUCCCUGGCGUCGGAUUCGGUGUCUGUAGCAACAACUGCUACUACAAAUGUAUAUUACUCUACCUAUGACAUUAGCGAGGAGGAAGAGGCACAGAGUUGCCUCUCCUCCUUGUCCGAGAUGAAACCACCAGUGAAGAGUGUAUCUGCCUACAAUCUUGCCAGAUCUCGAAAACGAUCAUUGAUUUUCAAAUCCUUCGAUCGUGAACUGGACACGGUACUCGAGCACACUACACCAGAGCAUAUGCCUGCAGUGAUGACAUCGUCGACAGAAUCAGAGGAUCAUACGCUCAAAGAAAGUUCUCCCCACCCAAGCGACAUCCUUCAUUUCUCUCGACAUCGACCAUUGCAAGUGGUUCCCGACAUCUCCUCGCUGGGUAUUUUUCAGAAUACACCACGACACUCUCUAACAACAGUAGUAUAAUUAUGACAUGUGCAGUGUCGUCGUUGCCAGCUGCCCAUUAAUGUCACACAUCUUCCCAGUGCAAGCAUUUCUGUUCGGUUUUCCAUUUGAUGACGAGUAUCUCGUGCAAAUAACUUUUCAUAUACUAAUCUAGGCACUGAGAGAUUGAGUUGUAAAUUGUGAUUGUGCUUUGGGGUUUUACGAAAUGGACUGAGUACUAGGCACUACCACUUGGUGUUGUUAAAGUUGCAGCAACUGCGUCGAGAAACAGCUUGUUCAAUAGUGCUGCGUUUUGCAGUCUAGUUGUUGCAACUGUAGCCGCACUUAUUGGUGGUGCUAAAGUUGCUCUGCAACUCUAUCAACAACAAGGCGCUGAAGUUGCGCAACUACAUUCGAAAAAUGCUACUAUACUGCCCAUGCGCAACUUUGUAAUGGUGCAACACAAUCCACACUAAACACCGAUGUUGUUGGAGAGGAGCGACUCCAUCCACACCAUCCUCAAAAUUGCAACUAGCCUCGAUACCGUAAAGAUACUAUAACUUCUAUCAAAGGCAGAGAGAUGCAAUGUACUCAGUCCAAUCAAUAAAUCCUUAGUUUAAAUCUCGAUUCGAGUACUAGUCAAGCAUUAGAGAUAUAUCAUGUACUCUAUUAACCACUAAGACGAGCUCACUCUCCGAUUCACUUCGCACACAUGAACGGUGCUAUAAUUUCCCCUUACAUUUUUUGACCAGAAAUUACGAGUAUAUUGUAUAUUAUAUUGCGUCCUUGGAAAACGUCUUAGCAUUUUAUGUCGCUCAUUCUUCGAAGCAUUACUGUGUAUUGUUAAAUUGAUAAUUGUUACCAGAAAUGUACUGUGUACUAUGUACAAUGUACGAUGAGUGUGAGUGACCUUAUGAAUCUUUACAUCUUCAUUCUCUCGUUUAUGGUAUGGGUAGGAAAACCUACAGGAUAAUGCGGAAGAAUUUCUUAUCCGAUUUUUGAAAAUAUUCGUAAAGCAAUGUGC